UCCAGCAAACAGUAGUUUUCGUGUCCGAAGCUGAGCACCGAACGAAUAUGCAUCCGGUAGAGAAUCUCUGCCGGAUAUGCACCCGCGCCGACGAGCAGGAGCAGUCAUCUUUUGUUUCCAUUUUCGCCACUACCCUAGAAAUUAGAGAAUUGGAGGGGCACGAGCCGGAUGAUGCUUUGGUUCGAACUGUUGGUGAAGUUAUGGCCGGAUGUUUGGAUGUUGAUAUCAAGCCGAACGACCAACUUCCACAGAAAAUUUGUCGUGCUUGCAUGAACAAGCUCCGAGAAUCCUGGACUUUGAAGGAAACAUGUAAAGCUAGCGAGAAACGAUUGAGACAGCUGCUCCGAAGCGAGUUGGAACCGGCGGAAGUGAAGUGUGAGGUUGAUAUAGAGGAAGCGGAGAUGGAAGGCGACUAUCCUAUGCAAAUGUCCUUUGUGGACGAAGAGGUGCUCGAUGACGACGGGGAAGAAAUUGUCGAGGAAGUACCGGUUAAAAAAGUCGUUAAUCCCACUGAUCCACUGCAUUCGGAAUCUAGUUGGUUGUUUUCGGAUUUGAAGAAGGGAUAUUAUAGAACUAGGAAAGGGGAUGACUCAAGCUGGGAUAUGCUUGAGCUUUACGAUCACCGAUGCUGCGGGUGUUUUCGGUUCUUUAAUUCAAAAACCACGAUGGAAAGGCAUUGCAAGCGGGAUCACAAAGAGGAACCCCAUGGAGAUGAGAGCAAACGCUACGAAUGUGGUGUCUGUAUGAAACUGUUCUCCAGCACUGAUAGUUUGAGUUUCCAUCAGAAAAUGGCUCGAUCCCGGCAGUUAUUUCACUGUAAGUUGUGUGAUGUUCUAUCACCUAGCAAACGACAGUUGAAAGCUCACUUGAAACUGCACGCAGCGAAUAAAAUUGCGAAUAAUCACACAAGGGAGCUUAGCGAACGCAAUAGUGUUUCCGAAGGAACUUCUAAGAAGGCGCUGGAGGAUGUAAUACCGGUUGAUAAAUGUCGCUUAACGAAGACCUUCAUCACAUUCGAUUACGUAAAAUUCGAUGGCUUUUGCUGUUGUGAUUGUGGAAUCUACUGUGACAGUAUACGGGAAAUGAAACGCCAUGGCGAGAAGGAACAUCAAGGGAAUCGUGGGUUUGACGAGGAGCAUUCUUGCUUCGCCUGUUUGAGAUCGUUCGAUUCUAAGAAUGACUAUGAGAAGCACAUGCUCGAACUGAAUGCGAAACAUGUUUACUUUUGCAAAACAUGCCAGGAGGUGUUCCGUUCGUCUAACAAGCUACAGGAACAUCAGCAAACCAGUGCAAAUCAUGAAGGAUUUGUCGAGUUGGAGAUGCUAGAUGUGAAAGAAGAGGUUGAGGUGGAAGAAAAAGUUCAUUUGCUGGACAUUAAACCAUCGACCACUGUGGCGCACACUAGCAGAAGACGAAGGACAGCUGUCAAAGAGCGGAACGAAUCUCCCGUAGAUGAUUUUGUCGCCGGAGUCGACGAAGAUGAUGAUGAUGAUGAUGAUGAAGAUUAUGAACCCGAAGAAGCUUCUCAAGAUUUCAAGGAACCGUACGGUCGUAGGCUCUACGUACAGCAGCAGGUCAAACGAAACGAUCCAGACCUAGCGGAGGUGUCCGUCGUAGACAUCAGCAAUCAGGAUGUGGUCCGGUGCUGCGGCUGCUAUCAAACCUUCAUUACCGAGGAAGAGCUUACCGAUCAUUCCAAUCAAUCCCACCGACAGUUUGAACAACCGGACGACAAGGAUCGACCCUACGAAUGCGACCGAUGUUUCCGACGAUUCGUCAAAGCUGUGUCGCUACAAAUCCACCGUCAAUUUGUGAAAACCGUACAGCUCUUUUCCUGUAAGUUGUGCGAUCAAAAGUUCAACUUUCAAAUUCCGUUUCUGCUGCAUUACGAAGCGCAUGAAAGGAAUUCCGGCAGGGAAGAUAAACGAGGACCGAAACCGAAAAAAAUGGGUGACGAAAGUAAAUUUUACUGCUGUUUCACUACUUGCAAAGCAUCAUAUACGGAUUACAGCGAGCUACUGGCCCACGUGGACGACAACCAUGGCGUGAAACGGAAUCAAUUCAAGGACUAUCGCGACACAGAUGACAACUGCUGCGAGGUGUGCUUCCGCAGCUUUAGCAACUAUCGAGGUCUACUGAGGCACGUGGCUGUCCAGAGGAAAGCCAAUACCGGUGCCCGUCACACCUGCAGCACCUGUGGCGUCCAGACGAAAUCGCUAGCCGCACUGAAAGAUCACGAGAACAAACAUCUCGGCAUCAAACCGUACGAAUGCGAUGUUUGUCGUAAAACGUUCGGCACGAAAACCAUUCUUAAGAACCAUAUGAUCGUACACCAAGCGGAUCGUCCAUUCAGUUGUGAAAUCUGCGGCAAAACAUUCGCGCGGAAGCGCAACUACAAGGAUCAUUCCAGAAUACACACUGACGAAAAGCCAUGGGAAUGCGAAAUCUGCAAGUUGACAUUCCGAAUCGAAACGCAAUUCUUGACCCACAAACGGCGCCACACCGGUGUCCGGCCGUACAAGUGCAAAUUUUGCGACAAGGUGUUCUCUCACGCUACGGAUCGCAAACGCCACGAGAUGGCAGCACAUACUGGCGAGAAACCUCACCAGUGUAGCUUCUGUCCGUUGGCAUUCAUUCGGAAGCGGCAGCUGGUGAUUCACGAGAGGACCCACACCGGAGAAAAACCGUACGAGUGUCAGCAUUGCGGACAGGCUUUCAUCCAGCAGAGCUACUUGACGCGCCAUUUGGCGACGCAUAAGCAGCGCGAUGAGCCAGCAUUUUAGUGAGAAUAAUAGGAUGGGAGGAGAUUAUUGAACGUAAUACAUA